GGCUUGCAGAGACAGUAGGUCACAUUCCUUCGACUCCUUUUAUACACAAGUUGUAGUUUGUAUAUUAAAUAGUAGCUUGCUAGUGUGUGACUGUUGUUGUUUUUUAACAUGUAGCUCGAUAGCGUGCAUUAGCUAACUAGAGUAUGCUGGCUAGCUUGCCAGCUAACUAUAACCGCAAAGGUUUCUAAACCAGAGGCGCAACAUUGGAAAACUUCAGGGAAAACUCCAGGGGAAACUUACGAAAGAGACCAAACCGACCAGGCCUGGGUUUGAGAAUUCAAUGAGAGAAUCUCUUAGCUACCAGCCCUGUGGUCUGCCUCUAACCCGUUUCUAAAAGAAGGGUGCCCCAUGUCUGCGGCGGCUCCCAACAGUAAGAGCCAGUCCAGUCUCAGAGAAGACUUGACCUGCGCUAUCUGCUGUGACCUCUUUACUGAGCCGGUGAUGCUGGGGUGUAUGCACCACUUCUGUAAGCACUGUAUCAGUACCUACUGGAGGGGUACCCAGACACCGGUUUCCUGUCCCCAGUGUAGGAAGGAGUUCACCACCAAACACUUCCAGACCAACUAUCUGGUGACUGCCAUGGUGGAGAAGGUUAGGGCCUCCACCUCGGACUGCUAUGUCAAGAAUAUACAGAAACGACAGAAGGAUUUGUUGGAGGCCCACAGACAGAGACGAGAGGAUUUCAUCACUGUUCUAAACCGAGACGAGGACAAGAUGGAGUGCAUCAAGAGAAUUGGCUCUGAGCUGCAGGUGCGGAUCCAGGGGGAGUUCCAGGCGUUGCGGGCUUUCCUUGCGGAGGAGGAGGCGUGUGUGUUGGAACGGCUGCGGAGGGAGCAGGAGGCGGCUCUGGAACAGCUGCAGCGCCACCUGGAGGUCGUCAGAGAGGCUGUCAGUCAACUGGAUCACAGUAUGAGACUCCUGCAUGAGGCUGCUACCACCACGCACCAGGCUGGACUAGUAGAGCUUCCACAGCUACGGCCUCCAUUAGAGGUGGACCCAGGACCAGAGCUAGACUUGAAUGGCUUCAGCAGUAGAUACAUGGCACCACUACAGUACAUUACAUGGAGGAAGAUGUUCAAGUCUCUCAAACCUGGUCCAGCCCCGGUAACGUUCGAUGUGGACACGGCUCAUCCCAGUGUCUAUGUAUCCAGAGACAGAACCAUCGCAGUAGACUGUGAUAGUAUGGUCCCCUACCAGCCCAACCCUAAGAGGUUCCUACAGUCUGUCAACGUGCUGGGGGCUCAGGGCUUCCAAGAUGGACGCCACUACUGGGAGGUUGGAGUGGGCAGCAAGGCCAAGUGGGACCUGGGUGUGGCGUCAGAGAGGGUUGACCGUCAGGCCCGGGUCAAGCUGAGUCCUGAGAGUGGUUACUGGACCCUACGACUGAGAGAGGGAGACCAGUACUCUGCAGGCACACAGCCCUGGACACGGCUCCAGGUUGGGUGGUCUCCCCAGAUGAUAGGGGUGUUCCUGGACUGUGACGAGAGGAAGGUGUCCUUCUAUAACGCUGAUGACAUGAGUCUCCUGUACUCCUUCAGUAACGGCCCCAGAGGCAGAGUGCUGCCGUUCUUUAGCCCCUGUGUCAAUGAUACUAACCAGAAACCACAACCCAUACAGCUGCUGCAUUAUCCUCCUGUUGACCUGACUUGUUAGGACAGGUGUGUGUGUGUGUGUGAACAAUAGGUGUAUCAGACUGGUGUAUCAAUGACUACAGUCAGAUGCCAUAUCCCAUAAUGCUCCCCUUGGUCCUGAUAUGUUUCUCUGAUCCUUGGCUCUUGAUUUGCCAGUUGAUGUAAUAGUUUGCCCAAAGUGUCUACUGUCUGAGCUUCCCAAGUCUAAAUCACCAAAACGCUCCAUAUCACUUCAUUUCAUUCCUCUGUGAGGCAUUUACUUCCAAAGGGUUUUGCAAUGGAACAGUUGCUAUAGUAAAUGUCUCAUCACCAGGACCCUCUUUAUCAGCAUGAUGCAUCAUGGGCAUCAUAACGUGGUCUCAUUAUAAUGGUGCAGUAGAAAUAUUGUAAUAAAUUCUGCUUUAGUGGCUAUAUGUACUUUUUGGGUGACCAAAUUCACACAAGUGAGUUAUAGAUAUUUCAUUCUUAAACAAGUCUAAAGUGGUAGAUGUGUUUUGUACACCAGCUUCAAAAAGCUGAAACAACAUUUUUGGUUAUGGAAGGUAUUUUUCACAGGGGUUUAGAUGGUACAAUGAUUCUCUACACUAUACUACCUUGUUUUGUCACACAAACUGAAAUUAGGCAAACUACUAGAGUUUUAGAAACCAGGAAAUGGCAGAGCGAUUUCUGCAUAGUGCAUCUUUUUUUAAGUAUCAGCCAUAUGCCUGUCGCUCUUUUGACAAAAUGGGGCCCGUUGUCCAAUUUUAGUGGAUGUUUCCUCCUGUGUUUAAGAGUCACUGUAGAUACUGAUAGGUGCCAUAAUUACACUGUACCUUUAAAUCACCCUGAUUUCUCAUCAGGGUUUAUGUUAUGCCUUCUCACCUUCUUUAUGUAAUCUCUAUUUUUAAUCGGUUCAAUAUAGCUUUUAAAAAAAAGUUAUUUCAUCACAGUACUUUAUAAUUUUGUUUUGAGUUCUUUGCGAUCAUUUUAUUUUAUUUUUUCUAAUCUUUAAAUCUGAAUACUGCACAUUUACAUAUCUCAUGCUCAUCAGAUUAAAUGAAGGACUGAUUUUACUGUAAUCCGAGAAAGGACAUUGUUUUGGGGGGGGGGGGAGAUGUCAUUGACAAUAAACAAUGAACCAAAUCAAA